CUAACACAGAGUACUGACUGUUCAGCAGGUUGCUUCAGUACUGUAUGUGCUUUAGGAUGUAGACUCCAUCUAUACUUUGGGUCUUCAGGGACUUCAUCCAAACACUCCUUACACAAAUGACUUCUUUACUAUCCACUAUUUUAUAUCCCCUCCCCAUAUUAAUUCUCAAUCCUGAUGAUUAUCCUUCCUUCCUGUACAGUAGUCUUGUGAGUGAAUGGUUAUUAAAACCAUUAAGAACCAAACUACUUCUCCUCUGCGCUGUCAUGUGCUCAGGAUUAUUCUCCCACUCCAAAUGACUCAAAACAUCCUUCUCAAAAUGAUCACACUUUUUUUUUAAAUGAUGUUUUGCUAAAGAAUCAAACCCAGGAGUAUUUAUGAUGACCGAGCUGAGACUUUUCAAAGAUUUAAUUGCCUAAGGAAGAGCUGCUCCAACUCUUUGAGACUGAAAAUCCUCGGAUUCUCUUUUCAAAGGACCUUCAUGUUUUUAAAUCUUAAGGAAACUUCUGCUUUUAAAUGCUGCAAGAACUAAACUACCGUAGAACAUUCUAUAACACAACUUCUGUAUGGAAGAAAGAGUCCUGUGAUACAAGAGGAACAAGUAUUGCCAGGCAAAACAAACCUCGCCCGGCUUAGGACAUGGGGGGAACCAAGAGCAAACCCAGAGAGCUGGGCCAGCCCUCACAGAAUGUGGAUGGUAGCGUUAGCAUGAACAGUUGCAGCACCAUCGGGCAUCACCUCAGCUCGUCCCAGCAGAACUUCACACCUACCCGGACUCCUGCGAUGGAUAGCUCACGGCAUGGUGCCCAGAACAUCACCAAUAAUGCCGACCUGUCCUUGUUUGGAGGAAUGGAGUCCAUGAACAUCAUCUCAUCACCUCUCCGUAGCACAUUAACAGCAGGUGGCGUGACUACAUUUGUGGCGUUGUAUGACUAUGAAUCACGCACUGCCUCUGAUCUGUCAUUUAGGAAAGGAGAACGGCUUCAGAUAGUCAACAACACGGAAGGAGACUGGUGGCUAGCCCGCUCGCUGACCACAGGACAACACGGAUACAUCCCCAGCAACUACGUCGCUCCGUCUGACUCCAUCCAGGCUGAAGAGUGGUUCUUUGGUAAAAUUACCCGUAGAGACUCUGAACGGUUGCUGUUGAGUCAUGAGAACAGAUGGGGAACUUUCCUGGUCCGAGAGAGUGAGACCACCAAAGGUUUACCGUCCAAACGAGAUCACAUGGGAUUACCUUUCACAGGUGCCUACUGUCUGUCUGUCCUGGACUAUGACAACGUUAAAGGGAUGAACGUGAAGCAUUAUAAAAUCCGGAAACUGGACAGCGGUGGCUUUUACAUUACCUCUCGUACGCAGUUUAAUAACCUUCAGCAGCUGGUCAACCACUACCGCAAGCAUGCUGAUGGUUUGUGCCACUGCCUGACCGAUGUGUGUCCAGUUCUGAAGCCGCCACAGACUCAGGGUUUGGCUCGGGAUGCCUGGGAAAUCCCCCGUGACUCUCUACGUCUAGACGUGAAACUGGGACAGGGCUGUUUUGGAGAGGUCUGGAUGGGUACCUGGAAUGGGACUACGCGAGUGGCCAUUAAGACCCUGAAGCCAGGCACCAUGUCUCCAGAAGCCUUCUUGCAGGAAGCUCAGGUCAUGAAGAAACUACGACAUGAGAAGUUGGUGCAGCUCUACGCUGUGGUGUCUGAAGAGCCCAUUUAUAUCGUCACGGAGUAUAUGAACCAAGGUAGCCUGCUUGACUUCUUGAAAGGUGAGAUGGGGAAGAUGUUGCGGUUACCUCAGCUUGUAGACAUGGCCUCACAGAUCGCCUCUGGCAUGGCAUAUGUAGAGAGAAUGAACUAUGUCCACCGGGACCUCAGGGCUGCCAACAUCCUGGUGGGAGAGAACCUGGUGUGUAAGGUGGCUGAUUUCGGUCUCGCUCGCCUCAUAGAGGACAACGAAUACACUGCGAGGCAGGGGGCUAAGUUUCCUAUAAAGUGGACUGCACCAGAAGCUGCUCUAUAUGGUCGCUUCACCAUCAAAUCUGAUGUCUGGUCAUUUGGGGUUUUACUCACUGAGCUAGCCACUAAAGGCAGGGUGCCAUAUCCAGGCAUGGUGAACCGUGAGGUGCUGGACCAGGUAGAGCGUGGCUACAGGAUGCCAUGCCCGGCGGAGUGCCCCGAAUCACUGCAUGAGCUCAUGCUUACAUGUUGGAGGAAAGAACCUGAAGAACGCCCCACUUUUGAAUACCUGCAAAGCUUCCUGGAGGACUAUUUUACCUCCACGGAGCCUCAGUACCAGCCAGGAGAAAACCUGUAGAGGAAAUCCAGUAAAGCAGUUUCAUCUGGGAUCAGGAGACGGGAUGGAGGCUCUCUGUACUGUUCUCCUUAAAGAGAGCACCAGUGUUGGUGAUCGCUUCCAUGCACAUUGAUUUUCAGUCAAGUGCUGAGGCUAGGUGAUUUAAUACUUUUUUAGUUUUAAAGUCAUAGAUUAUUUUGGGAACUGAAGCAGGAUGAUUGAAUGGAUGGAGAGAUUCGGGGACCGUGUUAAAAUGCUGUCUUUAAAAAAAAAAGACGACAGGUGCUAUGUGACCGUUCAGUUGCAGAGUGAAAUGAGAGAACAGCUGCUUUCACCAGUUUACAUCAUUAAAGAAAAUUGACGACGUGCAAGUCCUGAAAUAUUUAAAAUCAUGUUUUGACGUAAGCAAAAACAUCCACAGAAGUAGGACAACACGAACAAUAUGAGGUUACAGGUCGCAUUCAAGAAAAAGGCAACCACUUCUUCUUUGUUUUCACUCCAAUGUGUUUGACACCAUGUUCCUUAUUUAUAUAUUAUGUUUGCAGUUUUAAAUUGUUGACAGUCACAUUGAGUUAUUUCUAACAAGCAUAUAUGUUAUUUUUCGUAACAGUUACGGCAACUGACUAAGCUCAGAUCACUUUAAAAAAAAAAAAAAAGUAUAUUCCAGAUGUGUCACGAGCCCACACUCCAUCCCAUAUCACUCCAUCCUUUUAUUUUUCACGAGCUCUAAAAGCAUCAGGGAACUGGACCAGACCCUUUAAGACCCUUGAUUGAAUUUUUUCCAGUUCUCUUUUCUAUGAGGUCAUGUCUUAAUGUGUCACCGUCUUCCAAUACAUGUCUGAUUUGAACUCUUGUAAUGUUGCCUGGAAGAUGAUGUCCGAUCUCCCGUUCCCUGUAUCCUAAAGAACUGGAAAAGGACAAAGACUGUCAAACGGAGAUGUUUUUUGAAUUUCGCUGACGAGACAGAUGGGAUCUGGUCAUACUGCAAAAUUCAGUGAAGCAAAUGAAGUGUUGGAGACCAAACUCUGAAAUAAAUAAUCAGCUGCCUUUAA